UUCGCUUUGCUAAAAAAGGUAGAAGCGAGAAAUGUUGGCAAAUUAGUGACGAUAAAUACGUGUUAUCUUUUUGUUUCAAGUUACACUUGGUACAAACAGUAAUUCUGUGAGAAUUGAGGUGCCACACUUGCUGACAAUGGAUGUUGCCCCCACAGUCUGAGUUUCAGGUAUAUGAUGGCAUCUGGGACUUCAUCUUUGGAGAGCAAUGGAAGCAAUGAAUCAAUAUCACACAGCUACGUGAGCAACGAGCGGCCCGUGCCGUCGAUCCCUAUCGAGUAUGACGUGCUCACGCCGAGCCAGUGCUAUGAGAAGCAGAACUACGGCAAGACUCACAGCUCGCACGUUAUGAGCGGGCCGUACGAACCGCUGGGGCAGUACGACGUCAUCAGCAAGCAGACCAACGAGAGCCUCAAGCAGCAGUGUGAAAAAGCCUUGCAUGAGCUGAAUCAGUUACGACGUCAGCACACGGAGACGUCACGUCGCUGCGAGCAUGUUAUGAAGGAGCUGGAAUAUUUUCGCGGACAACAUCGCGCCGCCAUGAACCAGCUCGAGGUGUCCGCGGCCGAGGCUAGCAGCCUCCGCGGCAAGUAUGGCGACCUGCUCAACGAUAACCAGCGCUUGGAGCGCGAGGUGCAGCACCUGCAGCAGAGCAGCAACCCGGAGACCAGCUCGGAGGCGCUGGUGCACACGCUCAGGAAGCACGAAGCGCUCAAGGAGGAGUUUGACUGCUUCCAGAAGAGGUAUGAGGACCUAAUAGAAACCCACAACACGACGCUAGAAAAGCUGCGGAUAGUUCAGGAAGAGAACAGCAGACUUAAAACUCAAUUACAUGAUCUCACACAAGAAAGGAAUUCUGUGAUCCGCGAGCGCAACGCUCUGAAACAGCAAGUAGCGAGCGUAGUGCGGCAGUGGGAGGGCAACGUGCGCGACCGCGCCGACAUGAAGCGGCUGACGGACGAGCGCAACGCCGCCAUUCACGAGUACACGCUCAUUAUGAGCGAGAGGGACACGGUGCACAAGGAGAUGGAAAAGCUGUCGGACGACCUGCAGGCGGCCAUGAAGCGCGUCGCCGCGCUCGAGGCAGCGCUGCAGGCGUCGCGCGACGAGCAGCGCGCCACCGCCCUGCAGGCGGAGAGCUUGCGUCGCGAGAUCGAAUCGGCGCUGGUGGACCGCGACCGCGCCAUCAAGGAGUGCAGCGACCUCAAGACGCCGCAGAACGCAAACACGCUCGCCAAGUCACGGCAAGACAAUUCCGCGUAUCACCAUUUGGGCUUAGCAAGUGGUGUGGGUAACGACGGAUUUCUCAACGGGCAGCACUCCAAUGAUCCCUCAUUGGAUAAGUUGCAAGGGCUGUCGACGGAGGGCGGGGAGGCGGACCGCGGUGAGGCGGAUGCCAACCCUGAGCUCCAGCGCUUGCACAAGCAGCUCGAGCGCCUGCAGGCCGAGCUGCAGGACGCGCAGCAGGAGGCCGAGGUGUCAAAACGAAGAAGGGAUUGGGCAUUUUCAGAAAGAGAUAAACUGCUACAAGAACGGGAAAGUGUCAAAGCACUGUGUAAUAGACUGAGAAAGGAGCGCGACCAAAUGGUGGGUGAGCUAGCAGACUCCCGACGUAGCAACAAGAAAGCAGAAGGCAAGGACGCUCGCAGCAGCCGCGAGCACGACGACAAGUGCCGCAUGCUGCACGAGGCAGACCGCGCUCUUGACCCUGACCUGCAGGACUACGAGUGGGACAUCAUCGACGUAGAACUAUCAGGGCUGGGCAAGGACGGCGACCUCGGCUUCGAGCUGUCGGGCGGGCGCGACGAGCCCUACUACCCCGACGACUACAGCGUCUACGUCACCAGCGUCAAGAAGGGCUCCGUGGCCGAGGGCAAGAUCAAAGUGCUAGAUCGCGUGACAGAAGCGUGCGGCGUGUGCGCAUGGGGCAGCGGUGCGCUAGCGUCUAGUGCGCUACGAGCGGCGUUACAGCAUGGACACGCGGCGUUGCGGAUACAACGUGCGCGUGCCCUUAGGACUAGCGUGCGGCUGGCAGAUGCGCGCGGCAUCAUCCUGCACCACGGUAUAUUCAUCAACAAAAUAGCAUGUGGAAGUGUAGCCGCCAAAGAAGGAACACUUUUCGUCGGCGAUCGAGUUGUGACCAUCAACAACCGGUCGCUGGAGGGCGUGAAGAGCGUGUCGGAGGCGAUGGCGAUGCUCAACGAGUGCGCCUACGAGUCCGUGCUGCUCACCGUGCUGCGGCCGCUCUAUCCCUGCAGCCCCGCCAGAGACAGGUUCUCUAUGUACGAGCACACAUUCCCUGACGGCAAGAUGGUGAAUAUCUGCUCACAGACUGAGGAGUCGUACUGUCAGUUCGUUCCGCCACCUCCUGAGCCCAAGGUGCACAUCGACCACGGCGCGCCGGACUUUGACCGCCGCUACGUGUACCACGUGGCCGCCGGCAGUCAGGGCAAGAUACACCAGGAGAGAGGUACAUGGGACAUGAUUCGCGGCAAGAUCGAGGCGGUCACGGGCCGCAGCAAAUCCAAGGAUAAACAGAACAAGGUGCCAGAAUCCGAUGCUAUCGCGGAGCUGGAUUCAGUUAUCGACAGCUAUCACCACGGCAAGACAAUAAAAGAAACCAGUAGCGUACUAAAAAGAUCGCGGAGAAAAAACAAAGAAGCGCAGCACGAUGCCAAAAACGGGGGUACCUGGCCAAAAGCGCGGGCGAACUUCAUUCUAGAAGAAAACUCCACUGGAACCAUAGUCCAGCCUAGGUCUAGGAAAGAAAGACCGCCUCUGUCUAUACUACUCAGUCCGCCCACGAAGCUGCCGCCCGAGCCGCAGCGGUCGAAUAUAAACAGGAACUCGAACCCCAUACCGCUUGGGCACGCGCCGCUGACGCAAGCCACCGCGCCCGCGAGACACUCCGUAUACAAAUCCAUAGAAUCUUCACCCAAUGUAAUCGAGCAUUUUCCCAAACCCGCCCCCCUCGCAAUACACAACCCGUUCGCGUCGCCCAACACCAUGAACUUCGAGAAGAUUCGAACGCUCGAAAAAGACAAGAUGUCCAUCAGCGAUUACUCCGAGCACGACAUCACCCCUAACCGCCUCAGUCUAGUGCUAAACCCCUCGGAUGACUCGCUGGACUACCAACCAGUAACGAGAAACAGAAAUAAAAGCCCCCACUCUUUAGACUUCAUGGUCAACAAAGGACCUAGCUCUCUAGACUUCGUGACGAGAAAAUCGCCGAGUUCUUUAGAUCAUUCUAUCAAAAACCACCCAGGCAAAGAUCUCUUAGACCAGUACUACUCAAGAAAAAAGUCCUCGUCGCCGAAAACUGUAAACAAGUACCCCUCAGAUAGUGAUAGUUUCGGGCCGGACAGCUUGAAUAGUAAUGCGAAUUACCCCAUGACAGGGACGCUGCCGACUCAGUCGCGUCUUCAAUCUCAGUAUUAUCGAGGGCCAUUCGUCAAUUCGAAUCCUCAUCCCUCUAGGUAUCCGCAUUUGGCGAGUCCGACGAAUAUCCCCCAGAGUCAAUCGGGAGAAAGUAUCGGGAACAGCUAUGACAUGCACUCGUUCACGUCCCACACCCACAAUAUGUCCGAUUUGCAACCGGUGCCCCGAGCGAAUCGGGCGGGGGACUACCACCACACCUACGAAGGCGGGACGUUUCCUAGGAAGAAGGAAAACCAGCGAUUUCGUAUUCCGUCCAAUCCGAGCGUCACAUCGAAAAAUUCAGCGGGAAAACUGAGUACGGGAUCGAUAGAGCGAAGUUCAGAAAGGAAUUCGCCGAUGCCGACAUUUCACGUCGAGGUGUUGAGUCCGGGCAGAGGUGCCAAGCAGUUGACGCACAAGGGUACGAGAAACUCGAUGCCAGAAUAUUGUGGGUUGGGGUGGGACAAGCCUUUGCCGGGGGAGUUGCGACGAGUGCACAUAGACAAAAGUCAGCAGCCGCUAGGAAUACAGAUAUACUGCCCUCCGAGUAGCGGGGGAGUUUUCGUGUCGACCGUCAAUGACAAUUCGUUAGCCAGCCAAGUCGGUCUGCAAGUCGGAGACCAGUUACUAGAAGUUUGUGGAAUAAAUAUGCGGUCGGCGACGUACACGCUCGCCGCCCGCGUGUUGAGACAGAUCGGUAAUUCGAUCACUAUGCUAGUGCAAUACAGCCCGGAGAAAUACAAAGACGAAGUCGAGGUGCCGGGCAGUUCGUCCUCGGGGGAGAGUUCUCACGACGAGGAGGUUUCGUUGUCAGGGUCCCCGACGCCGAGGAAUUCUCCCGGUCCUCAGCAGAGUUUGAGGAUGGAGCCGCCUCCUACUGACGUGGCUACUCUGAGGCAGUCUUCGGUCAACAAGGAGUUGCCCAGGUUUCUUUUGAUAGAGAUGCGGAAUUGUGCCGACUUGGGGAUCAGUCUGGUCGGCGGCAACGCUGUGGGCAUCUUCGUGCACAGUGUGCAGAUGGAUUCGCCCGCGUAUAUCGCGGGAUUGAGAACAGGAGAUCAGAUCUUGGAGUACAAUAACGUGGACUUGAGGAGAGCGACGGCUGAGCAGGCGGCUUUGGAGUUAGCCAAACCUGCGGAUAAGGUGAGCGUCCUGGUGCGGCACGACCUGCAGCAGUACCACGAGAUCAAGGACAAGCCGGGCGACGCCUUCUACAUCCGCGCCGGCUUCGACCGCUGCGCCAAGAUCACCGCCAUCGGCAUGGACUCCAUCGACGAGUACCCGCUGUGGUUCCGCAAGGACGAGGUGCUAUUCGUGGACAACACGCUGUUUAACGGCGCGCCGGGGCUGUGGCGCGCUUGGCAGUUGGACUGUAAGGGCGUCAAGCGCCAGUGGGGCACCAUUCCGAGCAAGUUCAAAGUUGAAGAGAUUCUCCGAAGAUCGAUGGGCAGCCUAGAAAGCGAGGCGCAACGCCGCGCCGCCACGACCGCGCGGCGAUCGUUCUUCCGCCGCAAGAAGCACCGGGACAGCAAGGAGCUGGCUUCCUUCUCCAACACCGAGCUGGGCUGCUGGAGCGACUCCGGAGCCCUGGCCGACGAGCCGCCGCUGCUGUCCUACCAGAGGGUGGAGCGGCUGCACUAUGGCAACCACCGGCCAGUAGUGAUCCUGGGCCCGCUGUGGGAGUGCGUGGUGGGCAAGCUGGCGUCGGACUGGCCGCACGUGUUCGCGCCGCCCGCGCGCCCGCGCCACGCGCCGCGCGACCCCGUCUCCGCGCAGGCCAUCCGCGACCUGGCCGAGAAGGGCAUCCACUGCCUCCUAGACAUCAGCGUGAGCACAAUCGAGAAGCUGCACAAGCAGCAGAUCUACCCCAUCGUGCUGUUCAUCAAGUUCAAGUCCUUUAAGCAGAUCAAGGAGGUCAAGGACACGCGCUACCCGGCUGACAAGGUGUCCGCCAAGGCUGCCAAGGAAAUGUACGAGCACGGACUGAAAGUCGAGAACGAAUAUAGGAAUUAUAUCUCAGCCGAAAUCCCCGCGGGCGUGAACAUAGCAUACAUGUGCACGCAGAUCAAAGAAGCCGUGGAGGAGGAGCAGAACAAGACGCUGUGGGUGCCGUCCGUGCAGGCCUGACCCCUGCCCCCCGCCCCGCGCGGCCGCUGCGCCCGCUGCCGCCGCCGCCCCCGCGUCCGGCCGCGCGUCCGCCCGCCGUCCGACCGCCGCUACUACUCCGAACCGGACGCCCACAACUACUUCGAAAUCGACUACGAGUUCCUAAAAGAGCUGCGCCGCAUCGCCCGCAACAACUGCCCGAAGUGCAAGCGCAAGAGGUCACGGAAGACCACCGAUCCGAAGGAGAAGUCUAAGGCUAAAGAUAAGAAAAAGAGCGUUCGUAUGAAGGAGACCUACGUAUAUUGCGGCGGCCGCUACCACAGCGAUAAGGAACACUGUCAGCUUUGUUGUCGCACCUGCAACCGCUCGACGGAUACCCUCGAUUCGGUCGACGAGGAUCAGUACUCGCUCGUUUCGCGCAGCCACAGUCAACCCUCGAGCCGAUCGACGACCACGACUCGUUCCAAAUCGGCGCCCCGCUCGCCGCGCGAUCGCAAGAACUCGAUACAGUCGAUCAAAUCCGUCUCGUUUCUCGAGUCGAGCACCGACGAGACGAAGGACGAGCCGAACUACACGGCGAAGAGCUUCACGAACGACCUGAAGAAGUUCCUCCUGAAACCUUCGCCGCCGCGGCUGAGUCUGCGCGACAAGUUCAUCACCAGCUUCAAGCAGGAGCUCGAGGCGACCAAGAAAUCUCCCAAACUGAAAGCCAUCAAAGGUCUGUGGAAAUCUUAUUGAAAAUUCUCGAUUAUACUCUUUAGUUUACGUCGAUUUUUUUGGUGCUUUUCGUUUCUUUUUACAUUCGAAAGCUUCGGAUUCGGAUCACAAACGUACAUCUUGAGAUUGCCUCAUAAAGCGUUACAUUGUGGUUAUAUUAUUUAACGAGGAAACGUUUGGUGUUUCUUUGCGGUACGAAUUCGUUGCUCCUCAUUCUAAAACAACGUAAGUGUUCAGAAGUGGUCUAAAAUGUAUAGAAGCCAAGGUCUUGGUGCUAUCGAGUCACGAGCUCAAAGCUUUUGCUGCAUCAUGCUGUAUGCGUGGGAUUUGAGACGUUGUCAUUAUACUGUUUAUAUUUACGACUUUUUUACUGUAAAUGGUGCAAUAAAACACGAGUGGCGUUCGUACUCGUGACAGGAAUGCUAGCAUGAAAUAGUCCAUACUUUUUGUUUCAUAUAGCUUGAUGCUAUCUUUCUUUCUUUAAUAAUUGUUUUCUUUUCUUCCUAUUUAUUGUGCUAUGGACUAUUUCAUCUAAGAAAAAAUCUAUUGAAAACACUUUCAGGUUAUAUGAAUAUAUCUUUAUAAAAUCUGCAUAGCAUGUUGCAUAGUCGGUCAUAAUGUAGGCACUUCAUAUCUAAAAUAUAGUAUUUAUUAUAUUAAUGGGCCUCUAGGAAGUUAUUGCGGAAUACCUACUGUUGAAAGGCAGUUAUACACCGUUACGGUGUAUUGAACAAUAAACAAUUUGGAUGAGAAAUGUGUGAUUUUUAGAAAGCUAAAUGCUUACAUCCGACUGCGCACCUGGUAGCCGUGACGUCCCAUCGACUCUGGUACGGACGGAGCGAACGCGAGGAGAUGUGCGGGUGCGCAGUUAGCUUGAUUGGGUUGUAUAGAAUGAAUAAAAAUUGCUGCCUAAAUAGACAAUAUACGGAAACAUUUUAGGGUGAGUUUCCACUGAGAAAGACUUGAACAUGGCUCAUUGUGAAUAUUGUGUAAACGGAUUAUUAUGGACUGAAGUAUUACAGUAGAUAUUACGCAAUGAUUCGUUGGCCUAAAUACAUAUAGAAACACUAAUAAUUAUAUUAAAAUAUACACUUUGUAGAUUCACAUACCCAUAGGUGAUUAGGGAUCACUAGCAAUGGCACUAGAACCCCUUCCUUGUUGUGUUUGUAGAUGUUUAUACAUAGUAUGUAUAGCGUAGCGAAAUAUAUCAAGUUUUAUAGUGAUUUACAAUCGCAUGAUGGUAUUAUAGAUGGUAAAAUUUUCUACGGAAAUUUUUCAUUGCCAAAACAUUUAUUUGAGAAAUAAUUUUACAAAAAAUGAUUCAGUAUUACAUUUCUAAUGACAUGUCUCAUAACUAUUUUGUGAUUCGCAACAAUAAUUGUAUUAAAAAAAGAUGGUUUUCGUAUUAAAAUUUUGUUUGUAAUCACAUAGAGACCAACAUUAACAUUUUUGCUUGGUGUUAUAAUCAUAGAGAGAGAUAGAAUAGAAGAGAGUCUUCGUAGAUGGUCUUACCAUUAGACGUGUUGGUGAUAAACCAUAAAAUUUUCUUAUAUUAUAAUUAUAUACUCUUUAAUACUAAAUUUACAAAAGUGUAGACACUACGAGUGAUAAGUAGCAACUUUGUUAUGGACUGUUCUUUUUGUAGGAAAAUGUACUGUAUACACUUGAAGCAAUGUUGGUUUUAGUAUGUAUGAAUACUUCGGGGCUACAUUGAUCCCUAAAUCUGAACGAAAAACAAAAUUGAUAAUCUUUUAACAACUUUACUAAUACAGCAAAUGUUUACAUAAUAUGCUAAAACUAACUUUGUAAGCUUUUUAUUCACUGGAGGACGAAUUGCAUGAAUUUUAAAGUUGAACGACGAAAUAACUUGUCUGACACUAUCGUCUGACUGUCUCCAUGACAGUGUGUCUCAAUGUCAAUCCAUCGUCAGUGAAUACCAAGUAUUAUACUUACAGUGUUAUUAGACUGUCGUAUUUUAAAUAUUAUAUUUAUGUAAUGUAGGUAUAACUUUCUGAGAGAAUUCAAGUUUAUUUGUGAUCGAAUCAAAAUAAUAAACCAUUGCUUACAAACUCCUCCAACCAAUACUAUAAUAAAACGUUGUAAAUGUGAAGUAUUCCGGUGUUAUUGUUGUAAAGACUUAUUGUUAACAUUUGUUAAUUAUUAAGUUUUGUGAUUUCUCUACUUGUACAUUUUAUAAUUAAAAAGACGGAUGUCAGAUCCUCUUUGCGUCUAUGUUGAUAACUGAAAUAUGUUAUUAUUAUAUACUUUUAAGUGGCAACAUUCAUACUUAUAACUGAGCCGUCUUAAAAUAUACGAUUUAAAAAUAUUUUUGAAUAUGCCUACAAUCAUGCUGUCCAAUACUUGUAGUGCCAAAUGUGGUUGUACUAGAAACGAAAUGCAGACGGAAUUAUUUUGGUAUAUUUAUUAAGAAUCAUUUAAAAUCUUAGUCUAAAACACUUUUUUACUUAAGCAGUUAACUACGGGUUCAGCCUAGUUAUUACCUACUAUAUUUAAAAAACUUAAACGUGAAGAAACAGUACGAUUGAAUUUUAUGAAAUUUUGUAUGCACUAGAUUGGUCUCUAUAAUUUCCAUUAAUAAAUAACUUCCGUCUAAGUUGCACGUUACACAGUCAUGUUAUAUUGAAUGCUUUAUAAUUUGGCUUCCUAAUAAGUUUUGCCUUUGACAUAAUAGAGUAGUGGCGAUCAGGUCAUAGUUAGUUGGGGAGUCUGGUUCAUAUAAAAAUUGAUCAUUUAUAAUCACUCGGAAAGUAUUAGAGAAGUCGCGGUCGGAUCAAAAUGCGUGAGAUUACGAUGAAUUUGUUUGUACGAGAAAAAGGCCGAGUGUAUCUCCGGGUCCGUAGGUGUUAACGUGCACGUGCACGUAAUAUGUCGUACGAAUAAGAAUAUUAAGUGUUUGAAAACAAAACAUCUACAUUCAUAUAAUUAUAAGCUUGAUAGAAUUGCCUAAUAGUGGUGUCAAAGAUUCAGAAAGGUAGACGUCUUCCUUUCAAACAUUGCAAAUGGCCGCAGGCAACACUCCAUCGCGUCGGGUCGGUGCCUUUACAAUAAAAACAAAAUGUCAAAUUCGAAAGCAAAGCUCCUAAAAUACGAUAUCGCGAUCUCAUUGAUAUUAUCGUGUGAUGAGGCUUUAUGUUAACGAUUUGAAGCCGCUCAUACACCUUGAAGCAUUUACGUGUAUUGUAACAUUGAAUGAUGUAUGUUCAAAAGAACUGUGUGCCCAAAAGGACACGUAGUUCAGAAUAUAACUGUGAACUGUUACAUUACAUGUAAAUGUUUCAAGUGAUUGAGCGCCUUUACGUUUAUUUUCAGCACAUUUAGCGUUUAAGUUUUUGUACAGAGAUUUUAAUGAGUUUAUAUUACGUUAUAAAUUAAUAACGCUUUUCACAGUUUUUAUUAUUCCUGCUUUUUGGCGAGAUGAUUUAAAUCGUUGGUUACUCAGCUAUGUUAUGUUUUAUUUUUCCAAUAUCAAGUUAGAUUUACAGCUUUUAUUGUGCAAAGAAUAAUAUUUGAAAUUGGUAUUUCAUGAGACUUUAUUUAAUCGAAAAUGAAAUCAUUUAUUUAUUGCAUUUUUAUUAUUUUUUCUAAAUAAAUAUUGACGAGAAUAGGUGUAGUGAAGUGAAAUGAUAUUUAUUGUUUAUUAUUUAUAAUCUUAUGUGAAGUAUUGUGGUCCUUUGCACACAUAUUAAUGAAGUUACUAUGCAUACAUCAAACAUGUUUGUUACAGUGUACAGAGUGGAAUGAAGUAGUUACCAUUAUUAUUUGUGUACAAAACUGCACAAAAUCGAGUUCAAUUUUGCUACGUACAUUACUAAGCCAGGGCUAGGCGUAAGAAUACAAUAAUUUGAUCUGAUACUAAAUACAUUAAGUUAUAUUAGUUGGUUGCUAACGAUGUUUAUUUACUUGUACAUUUAUAAAUUAUAUACAUAACUAUGUAGCGCGUAAUCGCUGAGAGAAAAAAAUGUAUUUUGAAAACGACAAUAAUCAGUAUUUAAAUUAUUAGCACUUUUACAAUAAGUGUAAUGUAAUUUCUUGUUUUUGGAGAAUAUUUAUAUGUUAAAGUUUGAAUUAUUAUUUCUGUAUUGGUAUUAUUUUAUGUAGAUUCGUUUUACUUCUAAGUAUUGUAUGUAUAUUUCUAUACGGCCAAGUAGGUAUCUAAUGUUCUCCUAGAGAGAUAAUUUAUCAAUAAUGUUUCAACGAAUUGUUUACAAUAUAGAAAAAAGCAAUAAAUCAAUAUACGAAAUAAA